GAGAGGGGGGGGGGGACAAGUUCUUUGAAAAAGGGGAGGAGAAUCUCAGGCUGAAGUGAAGUUCUCUGACUGCGCUGGAAACUCUAAGCUCACUGUGGAGGAGAGCACACACUGGAGAGGAAAGGAAAAAGAAAAGGAACGAGAAAUACAUUGCUCAAACAGAAAAUAAAACACACCAGGAAGAGAAGGAAAAUAAAAGCUGCCCCAGGUGAAGAAAAGCUUUUUUUUAUUUAUCUGACGACAUGGGUGAAGACGGAGUUCAGGCAGAGAAGAGCAGCAUGGUCUCCCCCCACGAGACCCAGGAGCUGGUGGUGCCCAGCCCCAGCCCGGUGCACUCCUCUCCCUCCCAGAGCCAGAGCCUCACCCUGCUGACCACGGGCCAGGCCCAGGCCGAGGGGGCACUGCACGAUGGCUCGCAGGUCAGCGCCAUCACCGUGCUCACGCUGCUCAACAAGCUGGUCAACAUGCUGGAUGUGGUGCAGGAGAACCAGCACAAGAUGGAGCACCGACAGACCGAGAUGGACCAUGCCAUCCGCGGCAUCCAGAGCGACAUGACCAAACUCUCCAAGAGCCACUCCUCCACCUCCAACACCGUGAGCAAGCUGCUAGAGAAGUCACGCAAGGUCAGCGUCCACAUGAAGGAAGUCAAGGACAAGAUGGACAAGCAGGCCACGCAGGUCAGGAAGCUGGAGGCCAACCACGCCCACCUGCUCAAGAGGAACAACUUCAAAGUGCUCAUCUUCCAGGAAGAAAACGAAAUCCCGUCCAGCGCCUUCGUGAAGGACGCUGUCCCCUACCCGCGAGGGACUGAGGGCGAGGAGCUUGUGGACAGCAACAAGCCCCUGGAGGAGACACUGCAGACGGUGAACCUGUCCUCGGACGAGGAGAUCUGCCCGGAUGAGGAGGAGGAGGGCAGCCUCCACGAGGAGAAGCUGGAGCAAUCCCGCGCCGAGAAGAUCAAGCGCUCCAGCCUGAAGAGGGUGGACAGCCUGAAGAAGGCCUUCUCGCGGCAGAACAUCGAGAAGAAGAUGAGCAAGAUCGGGACCAAGAUCGUGUCCCCUGAGAAGAGAGAGAAGAUCAAGAAGAGUCUCACCCCCAACCACCAGAAGACCAGCAGCUCCAAGAGCUCAUCCUUUAAGGUGACUCCUCUCACCUUCAACGUCAAGAAGAACAGGGAAGGAGAAACUUCCGUCACCCCCAAUACACCAACCACUGCCAGGGAGUCUCCAACAGCCAUGGCCUCCAUUGAGCUGGAGCCCCUCAGCAGCCCUGGGGAAGAUGUCUCCUUCUCGGAGGUCCACUCUGAGCUGUCUGCAGCCCUGGAUGAGGUGAAGGCCGCCGCGGAUUCCCUGCAGAAGGAGAUCAGGUUGGAGGAGAGCAGUGUGGCCGUGGGUGACAUGGAGAUGGAGCUUACCAUCAUGGAGUCACUGGAGGAUGAAGCUGAGAUCCUGGAGUACACCACAUCCUCCACCCUCAGACAGGAAGAACAACAGCCCUCGGCAGAGGAAACCUCUGGGGAGCCUGCCGUGCAGCCAGCUGUGCUCAACCUGGAUUAGUCAUCGUCACCCUGUGCCUUCGGAAAGGAGGUGUUCUCCUCAGUGUGGAUCGUGAAAUGGCUCCUGGGGUGCUCUAAGCUUUCCUUGCCUCUUCCACCCUCACCAUCACACCCAAUCACAUGGCCUUGUAUGGAUCACCCAUUACCAAACAAUUGAUGUUCUAGUCUUGUUUUUAGAUUUCAUGUGUGAUGUCUGUCUGUCUGCCUGUCUUUGUUAUCCACUUUAAUAACUUAAAUCACUCAGUCACCCUACAGUAUCUAAAUACAAUUAAAUAUCUAGUCAUAAAUCUGUAUAAUUAUCCAGCAUUUUGUAUGUGUCGGUCUAUCUAUUUACAUAUCUCAGUAAAAUUAAUUUUCCUAUUUUAA